UCUCCCUGAAGCCAAAGAUUUUGAGAUUAAUCUCCACAGAAAAUGAAACAGCCUAUUCAGACACAGAACCAGAAAAAAAUGAACCUCCAAUAUAAAAAAAAUCCCUAGGCGGCGAUGGCGAUUGCGACUUUUUCGACGACAUGAAGAUUGGAUCGAUAAGUGUAUUUUUAGGGAUCUUGGUGGGGCAGAUUGAUGAUGAAAUUGGGUCUCACUGAUUUACUGAGGAGUUUGCGUUGAAAUUAUGAGAGAAAAUAAUUUAUUUUGGGUAUCAAAGGAUCGGAGCUGAUUGGAUUUUCCUGAUUGAGAAGAAUCAUGGAGUAAGGAGGGAGGGGUUUCCUUGCUUGCUUGUGGCAGACCUAUGGAUAAGGAAAGGGGAGAAAAUCGAUGGUUCAAAAAGGUAUACAAGGAAGGUUUUGCUAAAGCAAAUAUCCAGAUUGUUUUGACAGAUUUGUCAAGAACUAUGACUCAGGGUCAGUGGAUGGUUAAGUCUGGUGGCAAAAAGGUGCAGGCCCCAAGUAUGGGUUUGAAGAUUUCGAUCCCAAAAUUCGACAACUCAAAUCUCAUUGCCCAAUAUUCGAAGACGUUGAUUGGGAGAUGCAUGAAUCCCUUCAAGCAGGAGAUGAAGGCGUUGCUGUUCCAUCUACCAAAGAUUUGAAACGUUGAUGAGAGAGUGGUGGGCGCUGAUCUGGGACUAGGACGCUUUCAGUUUGACUUCGACCAGGAGGAAGAUAUUGUUGAGGUGAUGAAGAAGGAACCUUUUCAUUUCGAUAACUGGAUGCUUUCCAUUGUCCGUUGGGCACCGGUGGUGGAGGAGAACUAUCCUUCCAAGAUAACGUUUGGGGUGCGCGCAUUUAUGGCUGUACCAACUUUCAAAAGCAUAGGUGAGGCAUUGGGAGAGGUCCGAGGCGAUGACGAUAUUGAUAUAGAUGAAGGGAAGGUUAGGGUGAUCAUCGAUGCUUUCAAGCCCCUGGUGUUUUCGGUUACUGCGGAGUUCCACAGUGGUGAUGAGUCGACCAUCGCUUUGAGGUACGAGAAACUGCACGGGUUUUGUCGAAUCUGCUCGAGUUUGAGGCACGAACAGUUUCGUUGUCUGGCGGUGAAGAAGAGUACUGACGAUGAGUCUGAGGUGCAACUACCAAAACCGGAACAGGACCCAUCCAUGUUAAGAUAUAAGGGACCAGUGGAAUCAGAAGGAAGAGAGGUUGGUGUCGAUGCUGAGGGGAACAAUCAAAGGCAUGGCCAACAAGUCCCAAGAAACAGGGAUUACAAAGGUAAGGGUAUUGCUUUUUGACGACAACAAAUAUGAGGGCAAUCAUAAAUCGGGUUUUAAGAGGCCUUACAGAGAUCAAGAUGGUGGCUACUCAAAGAAUCUGAGGCAGACUGGUCGUUUUACAUCAUUAGAGGUCCCAGUGAGGUAUGCUAUAGAUACACAUGGUUUAAAAAAGCUCAACACUCAAGAGAUGGGGCAACAUUUGGACGAGCAACAAAAACUGAUGCUUGAUGCCUUCAAAAGUGGCAAGAGUGGAGAGACAAACCAGAUCUCAGCCUCUAAAGCUCGUAAGGCUCUCACCUUUGAAGGAAACAGCUCUGGAACUGCUAUGGAGGGCUUGGAUGGUACAUAUGGUGCGAGUGGCACAGAUGGUAUGAGUGUGGAGGAGGCGGAGCCUAAGGCAUUGGAGGAGAAACUCCUUCUCCCUGACAGUCAUGUUGCUGAUAAACCCGUCAUUUUCAACAAAGAGGAGAGUGGGGAGAGAAGAUAAGAGGACAUGGAGGGUUUGUCUGAAGAUCUAGAUCUGGAGUUAACUGGUGAUGCAGGUUUUACUGAAGCAGUGGAAGAGGAUGGCUCUGAGCAAGUGGGCGAUGCGGUUCGUACAGAGGCCGAUUUCGAUGUGGAGGAGGAUGAUCAAUUGAUGGAGACAGAAACUGAGGAGGUCUUGCCUGCUGCUGUAGACAAGGAACGUCAAGGUGCUAAUAAGAAGAAGCUGGGGAAGGCAAGUGGUGCUGUUAUGGGAGGGUUUCUUAAGAAGAGGUUGGUGCAGAGUCCGAUUUCGAUGUGGAGGAGGAUGAUCAAUUGAUGGAGACAAAAACUAAGGAGGGCUUGCCUGCUGCUGAAGACAAGUAACGUCAAAGUGCUAAUAAGAAGAAGUUGGGGAAGGCAAGUGGUUCUGUUAUGGGAGGGUCCUUAAGAAGAGGUUGGUGCAGAGUGUCGUUUCCCCACGAAAGAAACACACUGCUAAGCAGGGGAGUAAGGUGGGGGGAGAAGGGUAUGCCACCCCCAUAUAAGGCUACGGUUAAGCCAGUUCCAGAUCAGAACUAAAGAGCGCAUAAUUUUUUAAGAGUUUAAUGAAUAAGUGUUAGGAAAGAGUUAGUAAUUCCCAGGAUAUUAUUGUUACUUUAUUUCUCUAUUCUUGUUAUGAGUUGCCUCUGAAGUCUUCAGGGAGUUCGAAUCAUAAAUUUGUUUUCUCUUCUUUGGUAAAGAUUCCUUCUCUUA